AUGCGUGCGGAGCGGCUCCGUGCGAUCGGGCAGCGGCUUGCACAGACGGACCACGAUGUGGUUGCUUUGCAAGAAAUUUGGUUUGCGUCGCAGGACUGGCGCUAUGUACAGCAGGCAUGCGAGGCCAAGUACCCGUACAGCCGUUUCUUUCUGACCGGCGCAUUUGGCUCGGGACUCGCAAUUCUCUCAAAGCACCCCAUCGUGGAGAUGCAAACUCACAUGUACUCUCUCACAGGCACGCCGAUCUAUGUGCAGCACGGCGACUGGAUUGCAGGCAAGGCAUGUGGGUGUGCGACUAUAAAACACCCGACACUGGGACUUAUUGAUGUGUGGGAUACACAUUUCACUGCGGUCGGUGGGCAGGUAGGGCCCGAGACGCGCCGCGCCAACAGCGUGGUCGAGGCGUUUGAACUUGCACACCGGUGCCGGAUCAGUGCGGAGCGCGGAAGGCAUGUAGUGUGCAUGGGUGACUUUAAUUCCUUGCCGGACUCUGUAUGCAUCGCCAUCUUGCACCGGUACGGCGGGCUGUACGACGCAUGCCUGGAUGUAGAUCAAACGCAAGGCGCGCUGUUGGACAGUGCGAUUACAUGCGAUAGCCCCGACAAUACUUGGACGAAGGGCAAGCCGCUGGACGAGCUUGCAGUGAGGCACCGAGGAAAACGGCUUGACUAUGUCCUAUACCGCGGCCCGAACACGGCGCCUGACGACUGGGUCUGUACGCGGAGCCGCGUGGUGUUCAAAGAGCUCAUUCCGGAUCUCGAGGUAUCGUACUCGGACCACUUUGGCGUUGAAGCGACUCUGGAUGUGCGGCCGCAGGGUGUGCAGGCACGGACUGCGUCGCGCGAAAGUGCUGUAGAGAUCUUAUGGGAUGCAUUGCCGAUCUUGGACCACGCCCUGCGCUCCGCCAAGGCCCAACAGCGCUCGCAUUACCACGUGUUUUGGGGUUCAUUGGUGUUUGCAGUGGCGCUCGUCGCGGCAAAUGCUUGUGCAAGUGCUUGGUUGCGCUAUGGACGCAGCGUCGCGCCCGCACUCGUAACGUGUAUCCCAAUGGUUCCCACCGUCUGGGCUGGGACCACAGCACUGUACAGCGCGGUGGUCUGGGGAGAAUGGCAUCAGCGUGCGCUUCGUACAGCGAUUGCUUCAUUUGAGACGGCGAUUGCAGGAUUGGGUGAGUAG